AUGAAGUCCGUAGCGAGCACCCGAAAGCCUUAUGGAGGGCUCACACGAUCUCUAGUCAUCGCAAUCGAUGUCGGAACGACGUUCAGUGGAGUUUCCUAUGCAAUUCUCGAACCGGGAGAGAUUCCGAAGAUCCAUGGAGUGACAAGGUUUCCCGGGCAAGAACAUGUUGCUGGAAACUCUAAAAUACCGUCGAUUCUCUAUUACGACAGGCGAGGUGAAUUGAAGGCGGCUGGUGCCGAAGCGGAAGAUGCCAGGAUGACUGCCAUGGCAGAAGACGAAGACUGGAUCAAAGUCGAGCUGUUCAAACUUCGUCUCCGACCCCGUACGAUGCACCUGUCCAUGAACGGCCUCCGCCUAGCCCCUCUCCCCCCGCGGAAAUCGCCAGUCCACAUCUUCGGAGACUUCCUCGCCUACCUCUACAACUGCACCACUUCAUUCAUUCGCGACACACACGCAAACGGGAACGCCCUGCUCGAAGCUAUCAUCCCUGACCACCUCGAGCUUGUCCUUUCGCACCCUAACGGCUGGGAGGGUGCCCAGCAAGCUAAGAUGAGGAGGGCCGCGGUCUAUGGAGGCCUCGUUAGCGAUACUCCUGAAGGCAGGGCAAAGAUCCGAUUCGUAACGGAGGGAGAAGCGAGUUUGCACGCGUGUGUGUUGAGCGGGUUGGCCGCGGAUGUGCUUUCGAACCCUUCGAAACAUGGGUUCCUCAUUGCGGACGCUGGAGGAGGAACCCUGGAUAUCAGCUCCUAUGCCAUCAAGGGUACGCACCCGCUUGUGAUGGAAGAAAUUGCCCCGCCAGACUGUAUCUUCGCCGGAUCCGUGUUCGUUUCUAGAAGGGCCCGUGAAUUCUUCGAGCAUAAACUCAAGGGGUCGCAGUAUAGCUCCCCUGAGUCGCUAGACCACAUCGCGAAACGAUUCGACGAGACUACGAAGCGUCUGUUUAGAGACAAGCGAGAUGCCCAAUUCGUGCCCUUUGGGUCUCCGUUCGAUAAGGACCCGCAGUAUGGUAUUCGGGCGGGGCAGUUGAAACUUACCGGUGCCGAGGUCGCUAAUCUGUUCGAACCCUCUAUCGACGCCGCAUUCCAUGCCAUCAAGAAGCAGAUUGAGGCCUGCAAUGGCAUGAUCAAGUCUGUGUUCCUCGUCGGAGGAUAUGCUGCGUCUCCCUGGCUCUUCUCGCAACUUCAAGAACGGCUAGGCGCCAUUGGUGUCGUUGUUUCUCGACCAGAUACGCAAACGUCGAAAGCGGUAGCGGACGGCGCUAUUGGCUUCUACUGCGACCACCAUGUCUCUGCCCGAAUGUCCCGGUUUAUGUACGGGGUGGAGUACCUCCGUCAAUUGGACCCUAACGACCCUGAGCAUAUCGCUCGGAAGGAGAAGCUGUGCGAGCUGCCCUCUGGACCGAAGCUUCUGCCAGACGCGUUCGACUGUAUCUUGGCCAGGGGUGUCAAAGUGAAGGAAUCUACCGUGUUCUCGAGGAAGUACUGCACGGAGUUGACCAGUCUGUCGAUGUUGAGAGUGUUUGAGGUGGAGAUUUGGUGUUACCGUGGUGGAAAUACGAUACCGAAAUGGAUCGAACGACAGGCCGAGGACUUCUCGACGCUGUGUAUCGUACGGGCCGAUUUGUCAAUGCUCAGCGGCAGUGCUGAACCCAAGACCGGGAAGAGUGGCAAGACCUACUGGACAAUCGUUUUCUCCGUCGAGAUCCACUUCGGUCUCACCGAGUUCAAGGCGAGGAUCAAGUGGGUUCAGGAUGGCGAAACCAAAUAUGGUCCUGCGACUAUUGUAUACAAUGAACGAGGGCAUCGCUCAGACGAAGACGAGCCCGAUUUCUUCCCUGAAGACGACGCGAUCACUGGAUCCAACUCCAGUCGAGACAGAGACCGCAACCGUUCUCAACCCAGCUCCCGACCUCGAACGCCUAUCGACGUGGAUAGCAGCCGUCGUAGGGACUCCCGCGCACCUUCUAUUCGGACGAACGGAUCACACCCAUCUACACCCAGCCGCAGCCACGCCUCGCUCGAAAAGGACAGGAGUAGCACCUAUGACAGAAGGAGCAGUCAUCGCGAUAGUGUCCCGCCCACGCCCAGUUCGAGAAGCAACCGAAACAGCGUCGUGCACCCACCAGCAAGUCCCGCUGCUGGUCCGGCACCUUCCAUCCAUUCCUCCCGUAGCCGACCUCGUACACCUGGUACACCAGGUCUGGAAUACACUGAUCCCCCUUCACAUCGCGCAUCGCCUGCCAAGGCAUCUCCUACGGCCCUCUGGGACUCGAAACCGCCCACAGCCGCUCCCUCUAUCUUCGGUGAAGACCGACCUCGAUCAGUGUUUGACGACGUCGCUGCUCCUGCGAAGGACCCCAUCUUUGGCGACUCUGCUGAUCUGCUGGGCGGGGACAGACCCAAGUCCAUCUUCGAUAACGACACCGCGAACCCCGCUGCAUCCACGGGUUCGAUGUCGGUGUUUGGCGAGCCGGCGUCUGCGAUUGCGGAUGACAAGGGUGCUGGGGCUGGCGCGUUGUGGGGUACACCGACGGAUGGAGCGCCGGCUCCUGCGCCUGGAUGGGACACCUGGGGUAACGGUUCGCAGCAGCCUACCGCGCCUGCCACGCCUAAACCGCUCAGCCCGUUGAAUCCAGCUGCUCAGGAUGAGGCUGCUGCUGCUCCCGCUGCCACCCCUGACCCCGCACCCGCUGCUGCAUCUGAAGCUCCAGCUGAGAAACCGAGCCCGCCACCGAUCGAUACCAACGUUGCACCUCCAGCUCCUCCCGCGCCUGCUGAAGAAUCUCAAGCAGAGGCACCGCCCAAGACACCCAAGACUCCGAAGACGCCCAAGACGCCUGCGAAUGAGAGUGCGGCUGGGACGCCUACGACGCCGAGUGGGAAGAAGAAGAAGAGGAAGGCUAGUGCUGCUGCUGCGGCCGCUGCUAAGGAGGAGGAGGAGAGGAAGAAGAAGGAAGAGGAGGAGGCGAAGGCGAAGGAGGAAGAAGAACAGAAGGCGAAAGAGGAAGAGGAGAAGAAGGCAAAGGAGGAGGAGGAAAGGAAAGCCAAGGAGGAGGAGGAGCGAAGGGCUAAAGAGGAGGAGGAGCGAAAGGCGAAGGAAGAGCAGGAGAGAUUGGCGAAGGAGGAGGAAGAGAAGAAGGCCAAAGAGGAGGAGGAGAGAAAAGCGAAGGAGGAGGAAGAGAAGAAGGCCAAAGAGGAGGAGGAGAGAAAAGCGAAGGAGGAGGAGGAACGUAAGGCUAAGGAGGAAGAGGAGCGAAAGGCUAAGGAGGAAGCUGAGCAGAAGGCAAAGGAAGAAGCUGAACAAAAGGCGAAGGAGGAGGCCGAGCAGAAGGCAAAGGAGGAGGCUGAACAAAAGGCGAAGGAGGAGGCCGAGCAGAAGGCAAAGGAGGAGGCUGAACAAAAGGCAAAGGAGGAAGAGGAGGCGCGUAAGAAGGAGGAAGAGGAAAAGGCGAAGGCUGAGGAGGAACAGAAGAAGGAAGAGGAAGAGCGACUGAAGAAGGAAGAAGAGGAACGCAAGCAGAAGGAAGAGGAGGAAAAGGCGAAGGCUGAGGAGGAGGCACGGAAGAAGAAGGAAGAAGAGGAACAGGCUGAGGCGGAGUGUAAGAGGAAGGAGGAGGAGGCGCGUCUCCAGCAACUGAAGGAAGAAGAGGAGCGCGUUAAGAAAGAGCUGGAGGAGCUUGAGAGGCAAGAGCGAGAGGAGAAAGAGAGAGAAGAGAGAGAGAGGAAAGCCGAAGAAGAAAAGAAGAAGAGUGGAUCAGGAUUUGGAUUCGGUGCGUCUUCUAUAUGGGGUGCAGCCUCGAGCUUUUUGGGAGGGAGCUCCAGCGAGGAAUCGAAGCCAACGGACAUCGGUUGGGGCAGUUUCGGCGGGGGUUUGAAGAAGACAAAGUCGAUUCUUUCCACUUCCGAGGCUUCACAGUCCAAGCGUAACUCUGGUUUCGGUUGGGGUGGCAGCGCCUCGGACGACAAGCCCUUACCUAUCCCUUCUGGAGCCACCCUCUUUGGCGGUGUCAACACCGAACCACCUUCUGCUUUCGACAAUAUAGGGUUACAAUUGCAGGAUCUGAACCAAUCCACAGAUGCUCCUCCGGACGUGCCAGACAAGGCACCGACCCCCAAGCCUGAAGAACAGGCUCCCGCACCUCCCGCUGAACCCGCGGCACCUGCUGCGAAGACGGAAGAAUCGGGUAACGCCGAGCUCAUCGAUUUCCUUUCAUCCACGAACGCUGAACCCGCCCAAGGUAACAAAGAACAAGACGACGAGGGGGCACUCCCGGUCAAAGUCAAGAAGGCCAAGAAGAAGAAGGGUGCUGGAGGUGACACCGAUACUGAGGGGCGUCCCGGCACGCCAGUGGAUGGUGGUGCCAGUGGAAAGAAGAAGAAAAAGAAGAAGUAG